AUGCAUAGUCAACGCGAUAAGAUUCAAAUACCUCCACAGGUUUCUAACCAAAUUGAUCGUGAAAAGACACUAUCGAAUCAAAAUGAACGUGAUAAGCCAUCCAAGCCUUCAACUUCACAACAAGCAUCAUAUCCACAGGAAUUGGUGAAAAGUCCUACCCAUUAUACUUCCCCUCAAAAUGAAAGAGAACUAACGCCAACACGUGACAUCGGUAAUAAGAAUGAUUCUGUCAGAUCUUCAAGAGCAGAAUCCGAGUCCAGCGAAUCGGUUGAAUUUGAACAAAAUAAAAAAUCGAGUAAAAAGAGUUCGCCCGAAGACAAAUCAAAAUCAUCCCGUCCCAAUUCGAGAAACACAUUGGGCAAUAGGUUUAUCGUAUACGAACCAAAAGUUUCUCAAGAAUCUGAAGGAAUUAUUAAACAAGAGGGAACCUUAACUGGUAAAAGAGGUCGUAAAUCUAAAAAUACGAGUACUGCCCGUCCUUCUAAAAAAGCUAAAAAUAAGAAAAAUGUCAAUGAGAAAAUUGAGAAAGAAACAACUACGACGACAAAUCAAGAAGAACAAGUCACAGAGAUAACGAACGGUAAUCCAAAAAUUUCUACGGAUAAGGAUUCAAAAAAGGUAUCGGAAAAAUCUUCUAAAAAUUCAUCAGAAAAUUCUGAGAAUACAAAUUUGAAUUCGAAAGUAGAAGAAGCAGCUAUCGAAGAGACGAAAGAGAGUUAA